UUCCCGGACCUCCAGAGGGCUAUACAACCGGUGAAACAGGAAUGCGUGGAACGGCUCGUGAAGUUUGAGGCGAUGGUCACCGAAGUGUUGGACAAUAAACGCAAACAGUUGGCGGAUGUGACCGAAGAGGUGACACAAGCGCUACACCAAUACGAGUCCAAUCGGCGCUCACUUCAGAAGCACGUCUUGACGACAAUCAAUGAGUUGGAGUCCAUUGAGAUACCAGACUUGGAUUGACAUUCAUGUCAUCACAACCACUAUAACAAUGACAACUCGAAUACAGAGGUCUUUAAUAUAGUUACCA